GUAUUUCUGGGCCAAGUGGAAAAAUCCUGUGAGGAGGGUUGGACGAUCCCCACCAUUUUAAGCCGUACAAGAAGGUACUGAUGUUGUACUAGACUUGCUCUUCUACUUCAAGUCAGCAUGUCGAAGAAAUCGGAGGCUCCGCUUUCCUUGUCUGACUGUCUCUGCCAAAUUUGCAUGGAGAUCUUUGUGGAGCCCGUGACGCUGCCAUGCAACCAUACCCUCUGUAAUUCUUGUUUCCAGCUGACCGUUGAAAAGGCCAGUCUUUGUUGCCCUUUUUGUCGGCGUCGAGUCUCUUCUUGGGCACGAUAUAAUGCCCGCAGAAAUACUCUUAUCAACUGGGAACUCUGGGAAAAGAUUCAGAAGAAUUACCCGAAGGAGUGUGAGCGUAGGAUUAACGGACAGGAUUUGGAAGAGGAAAUCUGUGUCCCCCAUCCGCAACACAAGCUGAGCAAGCCUGGGGAACUGAGGCAGGAAUACGAAGCAGAGAUUAGCAAGGUGGAGGCAGAAAGGCGAGCACAUGAACAAGAGGAGAACAAGGCAAGUGAGGAAUACAUUCAACGGCUCCUUGCAGAAGAAGAGGAGGAACACAGAUUGGCAGAAGAGAGACGAAGGGAGAUGGAGAAACAGCUGAAGCAAGAUGAAGAGUUGGCCUGGCAGCUGAGUAACAGUCUGAAUGACGAUUCCAAAGGACAUGUGCUCAGCAGUCCUUCACCAGCAGGCAGUCUCUCAUCUGAAACAUCCCCAGCUAAUUUGUGCAAGAUGAAGAGCAAACCAAGCAACUCUGGAGACAUUCAGAAGUAUCUGUCUCCAAAGCUUCAUCAUGCAUUGGGAUCAACAUCAUUCUCUAGAACAACAGAAAGAGGCAGGAUUGACUCUGACUCAGUGGAGACCAGUAGCAAUGAAGGCAGCAGUUCUGCAUGGCAAGAUGAGCAAGAGGAAAUGCCAACACUGUCUCCACAGCUGACUGGUGUGAUUAAAGAUUCCAGUGUUAAGGAUUCAUUUUUGGAAUCAUGCAUGAACUAUUUCAGUGCCUCAGCUUCAGGGGAAACCGUUGCUGUCAAGCAGGAAAAAACACCAGGACCAAAUUGUCUAGGAGACAAAGUUCCAGAUGCGUGUCAUGGAAGCACAAAAGGGGAAGGGUCUAGAACAGUUCUUUGUAGAUCCAAAGGAGAAGAUGAUGGAAUUGAGUCAGACAGUGGCAGUUUAACACAUGUAGAAAGCAUAAACCUUGAAGACUCUGCUGAAACUUGUACCCAUAUUCAGUCAGCAACAAAUUCUGUGAUGUCUGACAGCAGAAGUGUAAUAUAUGAUCUCGUGAAGGUGGCUAGACACUCAGAUGAAGAGAAACCAGAGAGACUGCAGAACGCUAAGGAGACUCCAAAAAGAAAGUCACUGGAGCUACCAGCUGAAGCAGUGGUUGACUUGUGCAUGCUUGAUAAGAGGAGAAAAACUUUUCCAGAAAGUUUAGAGGACCAAGGGGAGCAGAUAAAUGAUUUUAACUUGCAAAUGCAGAAAGCCUUUGAGCAGGAGUUCUAUGAAAGGCGUAUGCAAGAGGAGCAAGACAGGAUUUUGGCUCUGCAGCUACAAAAACAGAUCAACAAGGAGGAAAGGACACUUAAUCGACAAAAGGGCUCUCCAGAUGAGUACCUUCUUCGCACCAAACCGCCUCAGUCUGUGAAAGACUCUCCUGCUAGAAAGGGAAGUUCUAAGAUGGCAAAAGACUCAAAGGUACCAAAAAAACAGGCUGAAACAAAUCACCGCAAGACUCGGAAAAGUUCUUACAAUGAAAACUGGCAGUCCCCUACCAGAGUCCGAAUGAAAUCGCCCAGCAUCAAGGGAGGAAAAGUUUUGAAUUGUGUGGUUAAUACCAGUGACGCAAAUGAUAUUUGUUCACUACCUAAGAAUAAGCAAAAGACGAUCCUUCAGAUGUUUAAAAGCUCUGUGGUGGAGUAG